AACAUCACAGAUACAGGGCAUGACCCAGAAUCUGCUGCUGUGAAUGAAUUCCAGAAAAAGUUCAAAUUAAACCUGAUGAAGAAGUUUGAGUGUUUGAAUGGAGUGAUAAUAAACCUGGGAAACGAAACACUCCUGAAUGAGAUCUACACAGAGCUCUACAUCACAGAGGGAGAUGGUGGAGACGUCAAUAAAGAACAUGAGGUGAGACAGAUCGAGGCAGCAUCCAGGAGAACAACAGAGGACACACCAAUCAAAUGCAAUGACAUCUUUAAGCUCUUAUCUGAAGUUAAGACAAACCCAUCAGAACUGUGCUGACAAAGGGAGUUGCUGGCUUUGGAAAAACAGUUUCUGUGCAGAAGUUCAUUCUGGACUGGGCUGAAGGGAAAGCAAAUCAGGACACCCACCUCAUAUUUCCACUUCCUUUCAGAGAGCUGAAUUUGAUGGAGGACCAGAAACUGAGUGUGAUGGAGCUCCUUCAUGUCUGUUUUAGUGAAACAAAAGAAACAGAAAUGUUCAGUUUGGAAAAGGUUCUGUUCAUUUUUGACGGAUUGGACGAGUGUCGUUUUCCUCUAGAUUUCCAGAACACAGUGAGAGUGUGUGAUGUAACUGAACCAGUAUCAGUGCAUGUGCUGCUGAUAAACCUGAUCAAAGGGAAUCUGCUUCCCUCUGCUCUCAUCUGGAUCACCUCCCGACCAGCAGCAGCUGAUCAAAUCCCCUCCGAGUGUGUCCAUCGAGUCACAGAGGUACGAGGGUUCAAUGACCCACAGAAGGAGGAGUACUUCAGGAAGAGAAUCAGUGAUCAGAGCCUGGCCAAUAACAUCAUCACACACCUGAAGUCAUUAAGAAGUCUCUACAUCAUGUGCCACAUCCCAGUCUUCUGCUGGAUUUCAGCCACCGUUCUAGAGAGAAUGUUGGAUGAAGAAAAGAGUGGAGAGAUCCCCAAGACUCUGACUCAAAUGUACACACACUUCCUCAUCAUUCAGACAAACGUCAUAGGAGAAAAGUUCUCAAAGAAGCAAGAGAAUGAUGAAAUGCUCCUUAAACUGGGAAAACUGGCUUUUCAGCAGCUGAAGAAAGGAAACCUGAUCUUCUGUGAGGAAGAGCUGAGAGAGUGUGGCAUUGAUGUGAGAGAAGCAGCAGUGUACUCACGUGUGUGUGUGCGCAGAUCUUCAGAGAGGAGUUUGGGCUUCACCAGAGUAAAGUGUACUGCUUUGUACAUCUGAGCAUCCAGGAGCACCUCGUAGCUCUGUAUGUGCACCUGACAUUCAUGAUGGAAAAUGUAAAUGUUCUUAUACAGCAUCAGGUCUCUACAGUACAGUAUCUCACAAAAGUGAGAACACUCCUCACACACACACACAGUA